UCGACGACCAGCCGUCACAGGCGCGCGGUGCGGCGGUGCAUUUCUGCUGCCGGCCCCACGUGGAGCAGUCAACGCGAGCCGGAGUUUGUCGCUGCGGGAUACAUCUGGCGGAGAUUCUCUGGUCUCUCGGGUGUGUCUCUUAGACAUCGAACAGGCAUUGUACAGGCACAGCGAUUUGGUUCCGAAAGAAGGCGCUACCUGUGCGUUGCAGUCUCCAGCCAUGGCUCACCGAACUUUGACGGCGCCUGUUCCGUGGAGCGGGCCGUCCACGAAUGUGCCCCACCAUCCCACGCAGCGGGCGGGAAUCUACUCGUCCAACAAGUACAUCUCCUUCUGGCUCCUCGGGUCCCUGAGCGUCGCGCUGCUCCUGCUCAUCAUGCUGCUCGGCCUCUGCUCCAGGCGCAUCACGCACCGCGGAAGGCGCUCGUCCCGUGUGCAGGCUCACGUUCUUCCAGGUGGCAACGUUGCCGCGAGAGCGGGCCGCUACCCGCGGCCUCCAGUGGGUGACCCACACUCGCGCGAGAUCCUGCUCUGCGCGGCCUGCCGAAAUGCCCAGGACGAGAUGUUCCGGUUGGCCAAGGCCGCGCCUGUUCAUGGCUCGGCCGCCCGCUGGAGUCCCCCACCACCCUACACUGCGCGGCCUGUGCCACCUUCCGAUACUCCGCCUGGAACUCCCUCGCACCUAUGACGAAACGACAUUGCGAGCAAGUUCUUUGCUGGCACAGUGCCAAUAGUCAAGACAAUCAUCGUGGCUCUCGUCACUGAUGGAAGUGGCAAACGCUGUCUACUUGUUGUGUGAACGUUUUUUCCGCACACAAGAGUGAGCGUGGUGUUCUAUAGCUGUCGUCCUUCCAUCUCUGCUAUCUGGCGCAUCUCGGUUUAACCCUCCGGCAAGAGAGCCUGCGAGAAAAUGCAAACGUCAACUCUCGUCUGCGGCCCUUGCUAAUGUACACUUUUAAGCCGCUCUCACAGUUCGCCCCACCCACAAGCUCACAAGCAAGCAGAAAGUGCAGUGUGCAAUAUCAUUAUAAUCGAAGCGAUAAUAUAGACCAUAAAUUACCGGUCAGACAAACUCAACCGGUUAUGCAACGAUGUUGCGUUUUAGAUGCUAGCACCAUGAUAACCUAGGAUUUCUCACUGGACCAUUGUAAUCUGGUGCAUGUGUUAGCCUUUCUGUCACUGAGCAAUGACCAUCAACGAUAACUAAAAGGGAAGAAAAGAGGACGCGCCACCACGCGAUGAUUGCGCAAGAGACCUGACUAAAAACGUAAAGCCCACGAACAGACGAGGACGGCGAAAGAAGACGGGAGACGCACGCGCGCUAGCUUGCAGCAAUUUUUUGAGAAACGCAAAACGGAAUAUAAAGACAUGUCGUGGCCGUAGAUCACGCAAGCGUAGCCAGCAAAACAAUCAGUGAUGACGCAAGUAGUGUAAACUCUUCGAAGAUAAAGCAGUCGACGGCUUGGAAAAAAUAAAAUAUCAAUCAUC